AUGUCUCAUUCAACGGGUCAGCGUUCAUUUUUCAAGGAUGUCCAGCAACUUUAUCGCACGAUUGACACCUCAACUGACGGUCAAGCCUCCAUAGUGUCCGUGAAUGAAUUGUCAGUGAUUGUGUCGUUGAAUCCCAAAUUUGGUCUCAACGCACACGCCGCGUUUAUUGUCAAUAUUAAUUGCCCUUUGUCCUAUCCCAAAGCCUGUCCUGAUGUCCACUUCAUUACGCCAAUCUUUCAUCCCAAUAUCUACCUUGGUGAUGGUAGCGUUUGCUUAAGUCUUCUCAGUGAAUGGCAUAGCUGUUACAGUAUUUUGGAUGUGAUCAAGGCCCUCAUCUACCUUAUUGAACACCCAAAUUUCGAGUCAGCAAACAACGACUUUGCAUCUGAUGAGAAACUGUUUGACAAAAAGACAUUGCGGCUGCUGGCAGGUCUGCGUGUAAAUGGGCGGCGGUUCCCGCCUAACCAAGCCUGGUGUGAGUGGGCAGAGGCCAAUGGAUGCCUUCCUGUUGAUGACGAAGAGGUUGAAGACGAUUCAACCGACGCCAGAGGCGCAGUGCAUGUGGAGGCCCAACAGGAGCCGAACAACCACAUUGAGUCUCUACCUGACGUUGAGACAGAUGAGAAGGCCCAUCGCCGCUUCUCGGAUGCUUCCUCUGAAACCGUUCCUUCUUUCGCUAAAAUUCGAUUUUCUCUCGAUUCUCUGAGUGGCUCGUCAUCCUGGACAUACUACGCACGGGAUUACGCUUGCAUCUACUUUAACACGCAGCGCAUUCUCAUUGGCCACCCAAAUAUGAACAACGAAACUUCACCUCCGUCGGUAUUCUACUACGGCGAGUUCCUUGGUAGCCCUGAUCGUCGAGGGGAACUCGGUGAUCUCUACAGCACGCUGUUCGCUGGCGACGUUUUGCUCGACAUGCAGGUCCACCCCGAAUCCAGACAAACCUCCUCUCUUUGUCCCUGGUACCACUAUUACCACAAUUCUUACCCCUCGUCCUGGGCCACGGAAUCUGUCUUCAAUCUAACCAAUCUGUUCACAUUCACGGAACCGCGGAGGCCUUCGUUGACUGCGGACUUUUGUCCGUGGUCCAUGCUGGAUGGACGGGGUACUCUAGACCUCUUUGGUGGGUUGUUUUGUGAAAAAGGAAUCUAUCCUCGCGGGAGUGAUUUUUCUCUUGACGACGAUGAUGGCGAAAAUCUGACUCAGCUCUUUAUUGAAAGCCUUCCAAUGGGAGGCGACAGCUUUGUUGAUGGAGAACUGGAAUAUUCACCUCAAAUUGUCGAAUCAAGUGAAUUGGAUUUGGAUGAUCAAUACGAAGAUGAUGAUGAUGAUGGUGAAGAAAGUGAUCGUGAUGAAGUAGAACAGCAGCCAAAAGUCGAAUCUGAAACGCAAAUUAUGCCCGUCAAUGGAGGUUUGUCACCGACUUCGUUGACAACUUAUCACUACACACCAUCCGAAUCUCGACUUCCCCAAUACUCCUGGAGGUGUUCUAAUGAUUUCAAUGAAGCCGCCAUAUUAAUGAAUGCUAAGUUGCUUCCGCGGUGGCAUUGGCUGUUUCGGCAGACAAGGUGGCCUCUUCGAUUUGCGCCACAACAGAAUAUCGAGCUGUCCACGAAUGGAAUCAGAAUCCCGUCUUGGCGAGCGAGUGCCGGACGACUGCUGUCGGAUGUCAGUAGAUUUUGUUCAGAACACCGUGAGGUGAAGAACCUUGUUCUUCUUGACCCCAUGGCUUUGUCACCGCUGUCGCCGCUGCUCAAUUUGAUGCGACACUCCGUGGAACCAAAGGCUCACCUGACUGGUAUUCUGUGGAUGACCCCAAUUGACGCCAUUUCCCCCUUCUACCGCGUUCCCAUUCCUCGUCAAGAGGAGGACGCGGAGGAAGAGGUGGAGGAGCACGUCUAUCCGCAUCCAGGUUAUCUGCGAUUCCUCACUGUGGCCGCCUUCGUGUCCAACUGGUUUGCCUGGUUCUCUCGAAUCGAGGCAUACUCGUCAUUGGGCGUAACUCGUCACCAGCCAUCCCUAAUGUGUGAGUCCAUGUCGGGAUUUGUGUUGGUGCCUUGGAGUUUGGGAUGCGGACAGUCGCCACUUAUUGAUUUGUGGCCCCUUUGGAUGGCUCGGAGACUGCUGAACCUCCUUCUCUGCUUGCCACCAACUAGUGGUAGGGACAUCUCGCGACACUUCUUCCCUUUUACUGAUUUGGAUGAGAUAUGA